AUGGCUGUUACAGGAGACCUUGUUUUGGGUCCACCACCAGAGUUAUUAAUUCAUUUGUUGGUUGAUGAUUCGCAGGUAGCAAAACACUUUCGGAAAGAAAUCUGCCUGUACAACUACACUCUAGCAUUUGCGGCUUUCUCCGCUGAACUGAGCCCAAGACGUUUGCCUGGUCAGGGACCAAGAGUAUUCUCCAUUCACGGGCAAGUGUAUCGUAGGAUUAGUAAUGAUGUUGUCAGAAAUGAACUAAUGCAACCAAGGUAUUGUGAGUUGUAUUUUAUUGAAUCCGGGGCAGCAAAUCAGAUUCGCAUGGCACAACAGCCACGUGAACGACCACUAUUGGAGAACUUGCUUGCAGACUUAGACAGACUGUUACAGCGAAUCAAUCCAUUUGCGGUGGCAUUCGAGUAA